AUGGCGGACGGUGUACGUGACGCGAUACAACUCAACGUAAACGUUUGUCAGUUGUGUGGGACCUUAGAAAAUCUUCAGUUGUGUGGGGGAUGCCGAAAGACAUGGUAUUGUAGUAAGGAUCAUCAAAAAUCAGAUUGGAAGGAGCACAAAAAAGCGUGUAAAAAGAAAACCGCGGCAGUAACAGAGGCAAGUGGCGUGAAAAGUUGGAAGCCGUCUGUCGGGGUGGUCAGUGUAAACAAGGCCGCAUGUUGUAACCCAGCGUCACGUGACACGAGCGUAAGCUCAGGGGCACAGAUAAACGGUCAGCAAAACCAAAACUCUGUCACAGAAAAUUUGUCGGAGGGGAAGCUCAGAAUCUUACAUUCUCACCCCAUGACGCUAAAUCACAACAUGCCCAUACCCCAAGGCCCCACGGACUCCGUACAAGCCACCCAGGCCUACCUGUCUGUUAUCAAACACCGCAAUAAGGCCAUUUCUCAGUAUGUGUUAAACUGUCUUAACAAACAUGGCAUCUGUGUUGUGGACACUUUGCUUGGGGAGGCCAAAGGGACGCAGAUUUUACAAGAAGUAAAGUCUCUUCAUGAAAGUGGUCGAUUUAAUAGGGGUCAGCUAGUGAGCACUUCAUCUGGCCCAAGUCAGUCAACAAAUAUCCGUGGAGACAUCAUUACGUGGGUGGAUGGAACUGAAGAAGGGUGCUCUGAGAUAGGUUUUCUUGUGUCCUGUAUGGAUGCAAUUAUUCUAGGCUGUGGUGAAAGGCUGCAGAACUACAAAAUAAAUGUCAGAAGUGGAUUUGUGGAAUCGGCCCUAGUUGAUGAUUGCCCAGGUACAGAGUUGUCUACCCUGCUGUGUGGUAGCCAUCUCCCCCCAGUAUGCCCUAUUCCCUUCCCUCUGGCCAUGGUGGCAUGUUACCCAGGCCGGGGAACCAGAUAUGUGCGACAUGUGGACAACCCAAACCAAGAUGGCCGUUGCAUCACUUGUAUAUAUUACCUCAAUAAAAACUGGGAUGUAAAGGCAAAAGGAGGGUUGUUACGAAUCUUUCCAGAUGGGUCAAGCAGCGUGGCAGAGAUAGCACCAAAGUUUGAUAGAUUGUUAUUUUUUUGGUCAGAUCGACGAAAUCCCCAUGAGGUACAUCCAGCACAUGAUGUGAGGUACGCAAUCACAGUCUGGUACUAUGACGCCAAGGAAAGAGAAGAAGCUAUCGCAAGGUUCAAAGGCCAUGAUGACAGAAACCCCAAACGACAAUCUUAUCCACUGAUAAACUAGUACCAUUUGAUUGGUGAGUGGAAGAGGAGUGGGUGUCGCUGUGUGAUUUCUUCCAAUCAACUGUUGGCUUUGUGUUGUUGAUUCAUUGGACAGCUGAGAAGUUGAACUGCCCUACAUUCUAUAGUUGAGGGCUGAUUAACAUUGGAGUGUUUUUCUAAGCUCGUUCAGUUAUUUGCUUGUGUGGAAACAGCAACAUUGUAUCAUUCCCCUGUCCACGUCAACUUCCGGUUUUGUAUAAUAAUUGUUAUUGUGAGAAUGAUGUGAUAAUUCUGGCGUGAUAUUCAGCCCUGUCAGAUUCUGGAUGUACAUGUUCUCUAGGUAAACUGUUUGACUAGCUGUUCAAACACAUCAGUUCUGUAAUUAGCACAUAUGCAAAUCUAGAUGUACAUGUAGAAAUCAGCAUUACCAAAGUCAACAACCUACCUUGAAUAAUAAUGUUGCCCUGUGUUGUAAUAUUAUGUGCAUUGUACAUUUUGAAUGUUCCACGUUUAAGUUUAAAGAGUCUAUUCUACAUAAGUUAGGCCAGGUUUUGAUGGAAAUUCUACUGUAAAGUUGACCUUGCGAGGAGAUUUCGCCACCAACCUAUUCAUGUCAGUGGUGAUCAAGACAAAGUCUCAGAAUGAAUGAAGUUCAGCUAGUGCUAUGUCUAAUUAAUGCCAACAUCAUGAUAAAUGCAUUUUGUUUUAUGAAAUAUUUUGUAUUAAUGACAAAAACCCCACACAGACUUUCAUGAUCUCCUAUGCUUUUACUUAAUAAGACUGAGGCAGGGAUGGAUUGUUUUAGAUUUCAGUUUUGGCUUACUUGCUUGGCUCUAAAUGCUGUUCUUUAUUUUCCGCAAAAUUUCUACGCAUAUGAUUAUGAUGCUCUGAAGAAAUGCAGGUGUAAUGCUUACAAGUGUGCUUUGGAAAAGACCUCUCUUUGGGAUCGUGAAGAGAUCAAAGACUUUAGUUAAAAUUUCAUUCAUUAAAUUUUGUAUGUUCCUUUCUGUUAUUUUAGCUGAAAUUUGUUGUUCAUUAUCUUACCCAGAAUUUAUGUUGUCAACCAAAAUUUUAACCUUGUAACAUAAGAAACAACAAUUUUAAUGUGAUCUAAGCUCAGCUACACUUCAUAUACAGUUACAUUUUACCUUGGCUUGUUAUGCCCCCUUGCCAAUCCAGUGGGUCAUCUUGCUUUGCACUUCUCCAUAGAUGGAUAUGUGUGUUUGUAUAUUGCAUUAGCAUGUGAGCAAGAUAUGUGAAAACUAAUUCAGUAAGACUGUUCAAAUGGGGUACACAGUAUAUCAAAUCUUCACAUCCUCUUUUACACAAGUACGUUUGGCUUUAAUCUGUUAGCCAUGUCAGUAUCCAGGUAAAGUAAGGAAACUUUGUGUCAGACCUUUAUCCAUGCUGUCUAAAAGACUAUAUGGUGAACAUUUAGUGAACAUACAUGGUAUGAAAAAGGUGGGUAGAAAUGAGAGGAGAUUGUAAUGUGAGUUGCAGACAAUGUAGGCAUAGUUGUGCCAUUCGUCUUGUUAACUAUAUCCGGUACAAAAAUGGCCAGUAUGACACAAUAUGUGAAUUCUUGUACAUUGAAAGUGAAACUUGGCCAACUUCAGCGUUAAAAAUGUUUGCCAGUGUGAAAGAUGUGAUCAUCUUUGAAUGUGUCAAAUGUAAACCAUACAGACAUAUAAAACUAUUGAAACCAUUGUGAAAAUACUAAAAAUAAUGUGGUUAAUAAAUGAUAAGUGUGGCAUUGUUUGCUGAAGAUAUUGUUUGAUUGUCAGCAUUGAUAAUAGUGUGUGGUUCCCCUCAGGUUUAGGCUAGCCCAUGCUGUGCAGGGCUUGGUAGGAAGUACUGGGGUGUAAGCUCUCAGUGUGGAACAAGACCACACAGGAAGCACAAGAAGGCUGUAAAAGAUUCAUUUGUGGUUCAUUCAUUUUUCUGUGGACUACUGAAAAUUAAUCACUCCAUUAGAUUCAACUUCUCUGAAGGAACUACAUACCCAGUGUAAAUAGAGGUCAAGCCUCAGAGUACUUAAGUAUAGGACACACUGUUCAUUCAUGGAGAACAGACCUGAGAGACAACAAACAAUGAAUAUGAAUACGACAGGGUUAGUAGUAAAUAUUCUUGAAUAGAGAGUGACUUUAAUACAUGUAAAUGCGGGUGCCAUUAUGAGUGUUCAUAUAUAUGGACAACCUCAUCCUUUUGGUGGGUGGGGUGGGGGAAUUCAGAAGGUAUAGCUGUUGUAACACUAUAGUAUAGGCUUGCCUCGGGAUUACAGAUAUUUUCUUCUCACAUCAUGAUUGUUAUCAAAAUUCAUUUUGUUUCAGUAGUUGAAUUGAUAUUUAACUCAAGUUUUCAAAAGACAGGCAUUGUUGUACAACUGGCCUGAUUAUUAGCCCUGUAGCAUUAGGCUAACAUACAUGUAAUCACCAUGAUGAUUGUAUAAUGCUUACAGUACGUCUAUGGGACUCAUUUUUCAAAAGUGUAUUAGAACUUAAUGGAAAUAUUAACUUUAGGAUGAGACUGGUAUUAAGAUCUAUGCCCGGCUUCACUUAAAUACAGCUUUGAACUGGCUUCUGGUCACUUUUAUUAGUUUGUGCAUGUGACUCUACAGUAGUCUGGUCCAAGGUUUGUGUGGUUUGUAAUACACCUGUGUUGAUACCUAACCAGUUUACAUAUACAUGUAGUUAAGCUACAUGUUAUGAGCAUGUCCUGUGUUCCUAGAGUCAUGUUUUUUGUCUUUUGUCAUCCUGUAGUAAUGGCUUUUCGGUGUCUUUUGUGCUAGGAGUCCAGAUUACAGAAUUAAUGCUUAUCAGAGACUAUUGAUCUACAGCUGUAGUGGUGAAACAACUUAGGAUAAUAAAGCAGAUCAAAGAAAAGCUUGUUGAAAUGACAAUAUUUUGACACCAAAUGAAGGGAGACAGAAUUGGUUAUGACAGGUUGCAGUGCGAGAUAGGUAAUAGUAGGUUCUGCUUCAUAUACAGUGUGUACAUGUAUUCAGAGGUUGUCAUGUGUGCACUGAAGUGUGAUAAAGACAAGAGCUUUAUCUUAGGUUCUGAUAUACGCACUGCCAGCUCAUCAAUAUAGUUUUUGUUUGCAGUGACUUCAUAGUCAGGAAAAUGAAUGUAACAUCCUCCUGUUUGUGAACUAGUGUUGAGAACUUCAGAUAAAUGAAUUUACUUUUUCCUUGAUUGAUCCAAAAUUAAAAUUCUUUGUUUAUACUUAUGUGGAGAAGGUGUUUGGUUUUUGUUAAAAUCAAAUGUUAUAAUUUUAUGCCACAUAGGUAACCUCACAACUAAACCAUGGCCAGAUUUUCUUUAAGAAAUAUGAUUAAUGUGAGAGCUUUGAAUGGCAACGAUUUAUGUAAACCAAAAUUUGUGUUUAACCAAAUGUUAAAAGUCAUGAUUUGUUGACUAUCAAUGUCUCUACCAGAUAUUCCGUAAAUAAAUAUAUAUAUAUUAUAUAUGUAUACAAAUAUAUAUCCAGUAAUAUUUACCCAGUGUGCUGCUGCUGCCAAAU